AUGGCCGACGAGGAACAAGCAGUCCAGCGCCCGGCGCAAAUCUACCAGACGCCAGACUGGGAGACGCCGACCGCCAACAAGCGCCGCUCCCUCUUGGAUCGAUUCGUUCCAGCAUCGGUGACACCUAACCGCCGCGCCACUCCUGGCGAGGGUUAUGCCAAGGAGAACAGCACCUCUACCGAUUCCCAUCAUGCCUACCCGGCUGUCCCAGCAGCAGCAGCAGCCGCUGCGACGGCGUCUCCAAAGACGCAUCCUUCUCUCCACGCCCGCUUCGACGCUCUGCUGCCCCCUAACAAGACCUACGCCGGCCUCUCCCGCAAGAGGUUUCUACUCUUCGUCGCCCUCCCUCUCGCCGUCCUCCUCUUGUUCGUCCUGCCCCUCGCCCUGGGCCUCGGCCUCUCGAAGCGUGGCGGCGGCGGCGGCGGCAAGCAGGACCUGCCCCUGCCCACGAACGGGGAGGUCCACACCGGCGACCUGACGUACUACGACGUCGGGCUCGGCGCCUGUGGGCACACGAGCAGCGACAGCGACAUGAUCGUCUCCGUCUCGCACUACCUCUGGGACGCGGUCCAGACCGGCGGCAACCCAAACAACAACCCGCUAUGCGGCAAGAAGAUCCGCGUCCGCCGCGACGCCGAGGGCUCUGUCGACGUGACCGUCGUCGACCGCUGCACCGGCUGCGCGCCAACCGACCUGGACCUGAGCCCGGCCGGCUUUGAGCGGUUGGCGAACAAGGACGAAGGAAGGGUGAAGGGCACCUGGAGCUGGCUGGAUUAA